UAGGUGCUGUGUUUUACAUUCAUCAUGAGCUUGUCAGAAAAUUAUUACUUCCAUAAAGAGUACCUUGGCCUGAGGCAGUGCAGGACUCCUAUAAAAGGCAGCCCAACUAUCUGCUCUCUCAUUCAGUUCUCUCGCCUCCUUCUCCUUGGGAAUCAGGUGAACCUCAGUCCCAGAGACAUGUCCUGCUGCAACCCAUGCGUGUCCUGCCAGCCCUGUGGCCCAACCCCACUGGCCAACAGCUGCAAUGAGCCCUGUGUCAGGCAGUGCCAGAGCUCCAAUGUUGUCAUCCAGCCCUCUCCCGUGGUGGUGACCCUGCCCGGCCCCAUCCUCAGCUCCUUCCCACAGAACACCGUUGUGGGCUCCUCCACCUCCGCUGCUGCUGGCAGCAUCCUCAGCCGUGACGGAGUCCCUAUCAACUCUGGGGGCUUUGACCUCUCCUGCAUUACCAGCCGCUACUGUGGCAACAGAUGUCAACCCUGCUAAAGCUACUGGCAACAUCCUUGGGCAAGAACCUCCCAAGACCUUCGAACAUGGUCCUUGAAAUGAGAUAGAUCUGUAUGGCAUUGCAUUCAGAGUUUUGAAUGGAUGUUUCCUUCUUCCCCUCAUGUCACUCUCAUUCUUUCCUCAGCUGUUUUUGUCUCCCAAGGCCAGCCUAGUGGGAACCUCUUGGCCUCCCUUCUUCUGCAGGGCAGGCAGCCUGUCUCUCUACAGGAGUUUCACCACAUCUUUGUGACUGACCCUGGUGCUCCCUGCAAGCCAUCUCCUUUUCUCCUUAAGACUCAUUAAAUUUGUCAUGCAUCCAA